GAGGAGUAACACUACUAAUGGUAGCCACUCGCUACCACGCUAAUCUAAAGCUUCAUUACCCACCCGAUAACCUGAGUUGGAUUUUCCAUCUCAUCACUGUGAAUGUUUUUGCAAAUCACACUGAUCAGGUAGAUAAAUAUUACAGCAAAAUUAUUCAUAUUGAGAGGUGAGUGCUACCCGGAAACAAUUCAAUGCGACACAGCGGAUUAAUGGUUUCAAGUCGUGUUCGGAUCGCCUCUCAUUGUUUACAUAUUAAAGUGAUAUGCAGCUCCUAUUUCUGAGACUGUCAUCUCCAUAGGGAUUAACCAUAAUCUUGUAAUGAUGAUAAUUAUCUUCAAAACAAGGUGAGAAGCUCAACCGCGAGACGGUAUUUAUUUUACGGUAUUUAUCUCGAACUAGCCAUGGAUGCUAACUAUUUCAGCUCCUUUAUCAGUAUGUCGCGCGUUUAUGCAGAGAUGACGAGUUAGUCCCCACUGUUAAUCAGCUUUUGCUGCUGUUGCUCGAACCCCAUUAUGGAGGUGUAGCACCAGGUGAGCCUUCUUGGCAAAUAUAAGAUCCUCUCACGAGAACUUCUGCACUGGAGCUAGGGUGCACAAUGUUUGGUGCACCGCAAAGCUCGAAGUCCGAAUUCCUAGAUAAAGCGAGGCAGGCCAGAGAGGAGAGGAAAGGACAUAAGGAGAAGGAGAGAUCAGCAAUCCUCAUCCAAGCUCUGGUCAGACGAUUUCUAUGUCGCUGCAGACUCCAGAAACAAAUAAGGAAAGAUAUUGAUGAAUAUUUUGAGUCUUCUGCUGCAACAUCAAAAAGAAAUGCACUUUCAAUUUUUAAAAUUGCUCGUAAAUUACUAUUCAUUUUCCACUCGGAGGAUAAGAUGAGGUUUGAAAAGCUCUGUAGGGCUAUUCUUACCAGCAUGGAAGUUGAAAACGAGCCUAAAGUCUGGUAUGUGUCUUUGGCGCUCUCCAAAGAUCUCACAAUCCCUUGGCUGAAACAGAUUAAAGAUGUGCUGUGGACCUGCUGUCAACUACUGAAAAACUUAAAGCCUGAUAUACUGCAGGACAACAAAUUGGUUACACUUUACCUGACCAUGCUGGUCACAUUCACAGACACAUCAACGUGGCGAAUUGUGAGAGGGAAGGGAGAAGCUCUCCGACCUGCUUUGAUGAGAAUCUGUGAGAAUAUUAUGGGCUAUCUCAAUCAAAAGGGAUUCUAUUCAACACUCCAGAUUUUGCUGACCAAUGGCUUGGCUCGUUCGAAACCGGCUCUCUCAAAAGGCACUUUAACAGCUAUCUUUACCCUGUCGCUAAGACCAGUCGUCGCUGCUCACUACUCAGACAACCUGCUCAGAUCAUUCCUCAUUCACAUCAUGUCAGUUCCGGCGGUGAUGUCGCACCUGUGUAUGCUCACUCCAGAGUGUGUUACUCUGAUCCAGACUCAUGGCCUUUUAAAGAAGUUUAUCCUGUUUCUCAGCCGUGAGGAGCAGUGUUCUGAUAUCUGCGUGUGUCUUGAGGGGAGUCACACACUCUGCCUACUUGGUAACCUGAUUCACUUGGGCUUCCUUAAUGAGCGAAUCAUAGAUGAGGAGACCAAUCGCUUUGUGAAGGACCUGACUGACAUGCUGUCCUACUGCCAGAGAUAUGUGUCCCAAAAGAAAUCGAACCUCACCCACUGGCACCCAGUACUGGGCUGGUUCUCCCAAACUGUAGAUUAUGGUCUUAAUGAAUCAAUGCCGCUGGUCACCAAGCAGCUGCAGUAUCUGUGGGGUGUGCCUGUCAUCCGGACCCUCUUCAGUGACGUCCUCUCAAAGAAGCUCGAAAGUCAGGAGCCCACUCCCUCACCUGCACAGCCAAGCACAUCACAAAACAACCUGCCAGUUAAAAGCCUUUUUAAGCGAGCUUUUCAGAAGUCCGCUUCUGUGCGGAACAUUUUGAAGCCGGUCGGCGGCAAGCGAGUGGACUCGGCUGAAGUUCAGAAGGUGUGCAGCAUUUGUGUGCUCUACCAAACUGCUCUCUCCACGCUGACGCAAAUAAGACUCCAGAUUCUCACCGGUCUGACACAUCUCGACGAUCUCCUGCCCAAGUUGUGGGCUUUCAUCUGUGAACUUGGCCCACAGGGAGGCCUCAAACUUUUCAUGGAGUGUCUCAGCAAUGACACCGAAGAGUCCAAGCAGCUCCUGUCUAUGCUCAUGCUCUUCUGUGACUGUUCACGGCACCUCAUCACAAUCCUAGAUGACAUUGAAGUCUAUGAAGAACAGACCUCCUUCAAAAUAGAGGAGCUCAUCACUAUCUCCUCAUUUCUGAACACCUUUGUGUACAAAAUGAUAUGGGAUGGUACUCUUGAGAACGCAAAGGGUGAGAAACUGGAGUUAUUCCACAGUGUUCACGGAUGGUUGAUGGCGCUUUACGAACGCGACUGCAGGCGAAGAUUCACCCUGGAUGACCACUGGUUACGCAAGGACUUAAAACCCAGCUUGUUGUUCCAAGAGCUUGAGAAAGGCAAGAAAAGAGCUCAGCUGAUACUGCAAUAUAUUCCACAUGUUAUUCCUCAUAAAAAUAGGGUGCUGCUGUUUCGGAACAUCGUCACCAAGGAAAAAGAGAAUCUUGGUUUAAUCGAAACCAGCUCCGCCUCGCCGCAUGUCACCCAUAUUACCAUACGCCGUUCACGCAUGUUAGAGGAUGGCUACGAUCAGCUCCGCCGUUUACCGGUGAAUUCCAUAAAAGGCGUCAUUCGUGUGAAGUUUGUGAAUGACCUGGGAGUGGAUGAAGCGGGUAUCGAUCAAGAUGGCGUCUUUAAAGAAUUUCUAGAAGAGAUCAUUAAGAAAGUGUUCAACCCCGCUCUCAACUUAUUCAAGACUACGAGUGGAAAUGAGAGGCUGUAUCCUUCUCCUACUUCCUACAUCCAUGAGAACCAUCUACAGCUCUUCGAGUUUGUGGGGAAGAUGUUAGGGAAAGCCGUGUAUGAGGGCAUUGUGGUGGAUGUUCCUUUUGCUUCCUUCUUCCUCAGUCAAGUGUUGGGUCAUCACCACAGCACUUUCUAUAGCUCCAUUGAUGAGCUGCCUUCAUUAGACUCCGAGUUUUACAAGAACCUCACCUCCAUAAAGCGCUAUGAUGGAGAUGUGGGGGAUCUGGGACUCUCGUUAUCCUAUGAUGAAGAUGUUAUGGGACAGCUUGUUUGUCACGAGUUGAUACCCGGAGGGAAGACCAUGCCUGUCACCAAUGAAAAUAAGUUCAGCUACAUUCAUCUUAUGGCCCACUUCCGGAUGCACACUCAGAUCAAGGAGCAAACCGCCGCGUUCAUCCGAGGCUUUCGCAGCAUCAUCAACCCAGAAUGGUUGCACAUGUUUUCAACACCCGAGGUCCAGCGUCUGGUCUCAGGAGAUAACGCUGAAAUUGACUUGGAUGACCUCAAGAAGCACACGGUCUACUAUGGAGGUUUUCAUAGCAGCCAUCGUGUCAUCAUCUGGCUAUGGGACAUUUUGUCCAGUGAUUUCACAGCUGAGGAGAGGGCAAUGUUCCUCAAGUUUGUUACCAGCUGCUCAAGACCUCCUCUCUUAGGUUUUGCCUACCUCAAGCCACCUUUUUCAAUCCGUUGUGUGGAAGUGUCCGAUGAUCAGGACACAGGGGACACCCUUGGCAGCGUCCUCAGAGGCUUUUUCACAAUCCGUAAAAAGGAGCCUGGUGGUCGACUGCCCACGUCAUCCACAUGCUUCAACCUGCUUAAACUGCCCAACUACAGCAAGAAGAGCAUCUUGCGUGACAAGCUGCGCUAUGCCAUCAGUAUGAACACCGGCUUUGAGCUUUCGUAAUGCAGGAGUGUUGCAAACGGACAAUCUGCACAGGAUGUGGCCACCUAAACCAAGCAAACAUGAGAAAUGUUGAGGAAAUUUCUACAAAGUAGAGGAGUCGUGAAGGACGACAAACAAACUCUCCUUUUGUCUUAUUUUAACGCCUGCAGGAUUACUAUUUAACUCUCUUCCAGCAAUCCAGGAGGAUGCUGUUUUUGCAGCACAAUCUAAUGUGGCAUCUCCCCUUGCCACACAUGAUAUCCAAGGUCGUAUAUAGUAUUUAACUCCAUUAAAUCCAUAUUUAUAGUUACUCGAUCUCCGUUUCUCAGGCUUAACUUCAUAUUUCUUAUCUCGAAUACUCCCACCAUUUGAGAACUGGAAAGCAAUAUAGAUGCAAUGCAAGCCAUUAGAUCACUGAAAACUAAGUGAUGCAUUGGUAAUACACUUACAAUUUUGAACAUUGGUAUCCAAGCAUCUUUGAGAGGGUGUCAAAUGAGUCCUAAUGUGUUUUGCGUUGCAUAAAUGUAAUUUGUCCAAGUAGAAGACAAAUCAGUGUCUUGUCUUCAGCCUCCAGGACUCCCCCUGCCCUGUGUUGAUUUCACUGAAUCCCCGCCCUCUUAAGACCGACUGUCUCGUUUUUAAUCGUUUAUGAACAUGGUGUGAAUGAAAAGAUCGAACCUAUGCUUCAUUUGGGAUGGAGCACCACAAUUUAUGGACGUGAGAGAGCCAUUGAUGGUCUUUUUUUUUCUUUUAAAGAACAGAAGCGAUGUCUGCUUUGAAUCUUUUAUCCAUGACAAAAAUGCCUGGAAAUUUCUUGUCGUAUCUCACGUUUACUGCUGUUUUCUACUUCAUCCUAGAAAAGCAGAGCUUUGCUCACUACAUGUUUUAAAUAAUGCCGAGUGCCUCAUGUAUCGCCAUCUUCUCCUUGCUCUCACCCUGACCUGGUCACCUGUUACAAGUCAAACCACUAAUGUUGAAUAUUGGAAACAAGCCAUAGAAGCAGGGGCUGGUCUCUGAAACCCAACUACUGUACCAACAGUACAACACAAUAAUCUUGGGCGGACACAAUGCUCUCUAUGGACUUUCUAAGCCAUGUGGUGAAGAAUGAUCUGUUCUAACAAGCCUCUCAACAUGAUGUCAUGGACUGGAUCUCCAGCCUAAUUGGACUCCUUGUUCCUUUGGGUGGUCACAUAGUGGUAAAGUGUUUCUACCCUUGGGUAGGUUUUCAGGCUAAGUGUCAUCUUUCGGGGAUUUACCAGGAAGAGAAAUGCACAAGAUUGUAAAAGUAAGCAUAAAAUCUCAACCAAAUCUGUCAUUAUGCAAAAAACAAACA